AGUCGCACGCUGGUCGCAAAGAUGGUGGCGAAGGACUUCAUUGAUCUCUUUGCGAAGUUCAACUAUGCCAACCGUGUCGCGGUUGAGGACUUUUCUGACCGUAUCAAUCUCUUCACGGUUGUGUUGUUCCUCAUCGCGUGCAUUAUCGUUUCGGCGAAACAGUACUUUCUGAACUCAAUUUCGUGCUAUAUCGCUGUGAAACCGACGGGCGACAACUACAACAAUUACCUAACGGACUACUGCUGGGUCCAUGGAACGAUUCCGCUCAGAGCUGAUGAGCGAAUGCCACAAACGCCUUCGGAGUGGGAUGAAUAUGACCGAAUACGUCGGAUAAAUGUGGUCAACUCGUUAACGGCUAUUUUGUUCCUGGUGGCCGGUGUCCUUAUCACAGUGAAACAGUACGUUCUGAAUUCUAUUUCGUGUUACAUACCAGUCAAACCAACCGGUGACAGCUACAAUGACUUCCUUUCUAAUUACUGCUGGGUUCAUGGAACUAUUCCACUCCGCCCGAACGAAGUGAUGCCUCAAACUCCCGAAGUGUGGGAUGAAUAUGAUCGGCUACGUCGUAUAAAUCUUGGAAGUUGUAUUAGUUCUAAUUGUAAUGUGACAGUUGAGGUGAAUGCACGAAUCUACAAGGCUCGGGCCGCGUUUGCUAACUUGAGACACCUAUGGCGUCAGCAUAGUUCAUCCCUGAAUCUGAAAGGACUUGUGUAUCAAGCUACAGUACGGGCUGUUUUGUUGUAUGGCUGUGAGACUUGGCCUAUUCGAGCAGCGGACCUGAGACGUCUUCAAGUGUUCGACAAUCGUUGUCUCGGAACCAUAGCUCAUCAAUUUCUGGAUCUUUAUGCAAAAAUCAAUGCGGUCAAUCAGGUCGGUCUGGAGGAUUGGGCCGAUCGACUCAACUUGGCCACAGUCAUGCUAUUCGCCCUAUCGGCUUUCAUUGUCGGUGUGAAACAGUACAUCCUGAACGACAUUAGUUGCUACAUCCCCGUUAGUCCGAGCGGAGAUAAAUUCAAAGAAUUUCUGAACGACUAUUGUUGGGUUCGGGGGACCAUACCGCUUGCUCGUGGUGAAGUUUUUCCUGAUAGUGAGGCGGAUUUGGAUGAGUAUGACAAAUAUCGAAGAAUCACCAAUCAGGUCGGUCUGGAGGAUUGGGCCGAUCGACUCAACUUGGCCACAGUCAUGCUAUUCGCCCUAUCGGCUUUCAUUGUCGGUGUGAAACAGUACAUCCUGAACGACAUUAGUUGCUACAUCCCCGUUAGUCCGAGCGGAGAUAAAUUCAAAGAAUUUCUGAACGACUAUUGUUGGGUUCGGGGGACCAUACCGCUUGCUCGUGGUGAAGUUUUUCCUGAUAGUGAGGCGAUUUGGGAUGAGUAUGACAAAUAUCGAAGAAUCAAAUUUAUCGAUUUCUACAACUCCAUUGCCUACACCAAUCGGGUAGCAAUCGAAGAUUUUGCGGACCAGCUCAACCUGUUCACAUGCAUCUUGUUUCUCAUAACGGCCAUACUAAUUUCGGCAAGACAAUAUCUAUUGAACGCAAUCUCUUGUUAUAUUCCGGUGAAGCCUGCCGGGGAGAAUUUCAACAACUACUUGACCGACUAUUGCUGGGUACACGGCACAAUCCCUUUGCGUGCAGACGAACGGACGCCAUCGACAGAACAGGACUGGGAUUUGUACGAUGCCACACGGCGAAUAACGUACUACCAAUGGGUUCCUUUCGUACUUGGAUUACAAUGUAUCCUGUUCUACAUUCCGCACAUUGCUUGGCAAGCCGUAUGUGCCCAACGAUCCGGAGGUGAUCUGUUUGCUUUGGUGAAGUCCGCAGCCGAGGCGGCCACCUCAGAGAGAGGAGCUCGUGAGAAGCAGGUGAAGCGUGUCGCCGAGUUCCUGGAAGAUAUGAUCGAUGGCCAACGAGACUGUCACAGGCCUUCAGCGCGUCGAAGACUGGAGCACCGUGCUUACGAGAUGUGUGGAAUUUGCGUGGUCAGCAAACGUCUGGGCACCUGUUUGGUCUUCUCCUACUUGGCGGUCAAAGUGCUCACCAUUGUAAAUGCAAUAUUACAAGUCUACCUAAUCCAACGCUUCCUCGGUUUCUAUGCGGACGGCAGCUCCGGUCACAAAUCUAUGGAGUUGGGAAAAACCUACGAUAGUGAUGGAGCAGGAGUCAACGCUCUUCAGGAGAGAAGGAUGGACCGGGAACCAACCAAAGCCGUUUAUAGUGGAUGGCUUCGACAACUGAAGAAUGACGGCCGUGUGUUACGCACGCCGAGUUACCUGAUAACGCUGAGAAGAGCACUGUUUUCCUUCCCUAAUUCGAAGGGACGGAAUCCUAGAGUUGUCGUAGUGCCAAACGAAAACGAGAACUUGAAUGGAUUCGGUUUCGGACUGACUGUGGCCAAUCACAUACGACAAGGACGCGACUGGCCUGAGACAAUACUGUUCCCACGAGUUGCCUACUGUCGUGUUCCAGGAAUUCGUCUGGUCGGUGUGGAGAACACGUACACGGCUCAAUGCGCACUGCCGAUCAAUAUGCUGAACGAGAAAAUCUAUAUUUUCUUCUGGUUCUGGAUCAUGUUCCUCAUUGGUGCUUGUGUCCUUAGCCUUUGCAUCUGGUUGGUCAGAAUGGUGAUCGCGCCACGAAGGAAAGACUUUAUCAAACGUUUCUUGCGAAUCAAAGGUGUACUUUCCAGACAAGGCACGCAAAUAGGUCGUGCGGAUUUGGAUGACUUCAUUGACGUGUAUCUUCGUCGGGACGGUGUCUUCUUGGUUCGCAUGUUGGCUUUGAACGCAGGAGAAGUAAUCACCGCGGAGAUUGUUACUGUCCUAUAUAACAACUAUGUCAAACACAUCGAGGAACACGAGGCUACUUCGAGUGUUGAGGAUGAAAAGGCCGCACUGGCAUCGAAAGAAAACCCACCUAGCUAUGUCUAAUUCAAAUUAAGUGUAUCACUCCAAAACACUACUCGAUUGCUCAAUAACACUACUUCAAUGAUUUUACACACCUGGAAUUGGCUAUUUUUACACGCUUUGUAGUACUCAAACCAGCGCGAACUUCAUUGCCAUUUUGAUACGUUUUAGUGUUUUGGGUCAGUAAUAAAUCUAAUCAAUACGGGAG